AGGCGGAAGUGUGGUUUGGCUUCCGGAGGGCAUGGGAAGGGGAGGCGGGCACAACUCGUGUUGCGCAGGCGGGAAAGUGUCUGUGGUGAAGACGGACUUGGUCUCUAGAUCUCUGGACUUCUGACAACUUGCGUUAUCAGUAAAUAUGUCGAAUUCAAGAAAGGAUUAAUAUAUCUUGCCUGAUUCUCUCCAGAAAGCUUUCCUUCCAGAACUACACAUCUUGGUGUGACUCUAAACCCAUUUGUAGUGGGGGCGGGGGAGGGAGAGAACAACCACCAUGGCAGAUACAUUGGAAUUCAAUGAAAUAUACCAGGAGGUGAAGGGAUCUAUGAAUGAUGGCCGCCUACGGCUAAAUCGCCAGGGUGUGAUUUUUAAGAACAGCAAAACUGGAAAAGUUGACAACAUCCAGGCCUCAGAACUGGCAGAGGGGAUCUGGCGCAGAGUAGCACUGGGCCAUGGUCUCAAACUACUUACGAAGGGUGGCCAUGUCUACAAGUAUGAUGGAUUCAGGGAGACGGAAUUUGAUAAACUUGCAGAUUUUUUCAAGACCCACUUUCAUUUGGAGCUUGCUGAAAAAGAUUUGUGUGUGAAGGGAUGGAACUGGGGCACAGUAAAAUUUGGAGGACAACUCCUCUCUUUUGAUAUUGGAGAGCAGCCGGUUUUUGAGCUCCCGCUCAGUAAUGUGUCCCAAUGCACAACUGGUAAGAAUGAGGUGACACUAGAGUUCCACCAAAAUGAUGAUGCUGAGGUGUCACUCAUGGAAGUGCGUUUUUACGUACCCCCUACUCAGGAGGAUGGCGUGGACCCCGUGGAGGCAUUUGCACAAAAUGUGCUCUCCAAGGCAGAUGUCAUCCAGGCUACAGGCGAUGCCAUCUGCAUAUUCCGAGAACUGCAGUGCUUGACGCCUCGUGGUCGCUAUGAUAUCCGCAUAUACCCCACCUUCCUGCACCUCCACGGCAAGACAUUUGACUACAAGAUCCCCUAUACUACUGUUCUCAGGCUUUUCUUGCUGCCCCAUAAAGACCAACGCCAGAUGUUCUUUGUGAUCAGCUUAGACCCCCCUAUAAAGCAAGGCCAAACUCGCUACCACUUUCUUAUCCUACUCUUCUCCAAGGAUGAGGACAUCUCCUUGACUCUCAACAUGAAUGAGGAUGAGGUAGAGAAGCGCUUUGAGGGAAGACUUACCAAGAAUAUGUCUGGGUCCCUAUAUGAGAUGGUCAGUCGUGUCAUGAAAGCCCUUGUCAACCGCAAGAUCACUGUGCCCGGCAACUUCCAAGGGCAUUCUGGAGCACAGUGUAUCACUUGUUCCUACAAGGCCAGCUCAGGGCUGCUCUAUCCCUUGGAACGUGGCUUUAUCUAUGUGCAUAAGCCGCCAGUUCACAUUCGCUUUGAUGAGAUUUCAUUUGUCAACUUUGCUCGUGGGACCACAACCACACGUUCCUUUGACUUUGAGAUAGAAACGAAACAGGGAACACAAUACACUUUCAGCAGCAUAGAGAGAGAAGAAUAUGGCAAGCUGUUUGACUUUGUGAAUGCCAAGAAGCUGAACAUCAAGAACCGAGGACUGAAGGAGGGCAUGAAGAAUAUGCCCUAUGAUGAAUAUGCCGGUUCGGAUGAAGACACACAUGAUGCCUACUUGGAGCGCAUGAAGGAAGAAGGAAAGAUUCGUGAGGAACAUGCAAAUGACAGUAGUGAGGACUCUGGAGAAGAGACAGAUGAAUCAUUCAAUCCUGUAGAGGAAGAAGAGGAUGUGGCAGAAGAGUUUGACAGCAAUGCCUCAGCCAGCUCAUCUAGCAAUGAGGGAGACAGUGAUGAGAAGAAGAAACCUGCCAAAAAAGCCAAAAUUGUCAAAGAACGCAAACCCCGAAAGAAGCAAACUGAGGGUAAGAAAAUGAAAGAUCCCAAUGCCCCCAAGAGACCGUUAUCUGCCUACAUGCUGUGGCUCAAUGCUAAUCGUGACAAGAUCAGGUCAGAGAGUCCUGGCAUGAGUGUUACUGAUGUGUCCAAGAAGGCUGGAGAACUCUGGAAAGCCAUGACAAAAGAGAAGAAGGAGGAAUGGGAUCGUAAAGCUGAAGAUGCCAAGAAGGACUAUGAGAAAGCCAUGAAGGACUACAAUGAAGGAGGAAAGUCUGAAAGCUCCAAGAAGGAAAAGCCCAAGAAGAAAAAGAAGCCAGAGAAGCCUGGAAAAGGCAAACCAGAGAAGAAGGCAGCGGUGUCUUCAAAAUCAGUUCCCAGCAAGAGCCCUUCUAAGCAGCUAAGCGAGAGCUUCAAGAGCAAGGAGUUUGUGUCCAGUGAUGAAAGUUCCUCAGGCGACGACAAGAAGGAGGACUCAGAUGAAGAGGAGAUUGCCAGCACUCCACCAAGCUCAGCAGAGUCUGCUUCUGGCUCUGAUUAGCAAGAUACACUUUCAAAGCCACCUGGCUUCCCUAUCCUUCUUACAGGGAAUGUGCUUGCUAUAUUGCUGAGGUGAAACCAACUAGAUGCUGUUUCACCCAGACAAAUAGGCUGGAAAGCUGCUGCCAUUCAGAGUACCUGGCAUUUUUCCUGUCCUCGUACUGAAGGUUGCAGUCAGGGCGAGUUAUUACAUCCGGAGAGGGAGGAAGCUACUGAAGGAGAAAGCCAACCACCCUUUCUUUCUGCCUCUAUGUUGUUGUAGAUGCCCUGUAUCCUAUUAGAUGGCAGUCUCAGUGGCACAUGGCACACAGCUGGAAGCUAGGACACUGUGCUGCUUCCCCAGUCAGAUUCAGAUGGUGUUUUUUUCUGUUUUUCUUUUCUUUUAUUAAUUCUCUUUGUAUUUCUGAUUUAUUGUGGCUAACUGAUUUAAUAAAAAUCAAGUGAAUUUGA